CUGGGUAGAUCAGCCAAACAAACACGCGCCCCCGUCCCGCACACGGCCGCAACGCCGCGUGCCUGGGCUGGGCCCACUCUAUGGGAAGAAGCGCCAUCCCGCCCGCCGGCCGCCGUGCUCGCCGCCCCCAUUCAGAAAUCUGAAGCCGUCGCUCUCUCUCGCCGAAGGCCGGCAUCCCGCUCGGUGACUGUACAGUUCAUUGCCGCCGCGGGGCACUGCUAUAGUGGAGUAACAUGGCCUCCUGCACUACGCAUACCAUUCAGCUGUGCGUCAUAGUUUUGUUGGCAGUCACCUACAUGCAUGUACCAGCUACUGCUAUCAUCGUUGUUCCAAGUUCUAAUUGCUAUACAUUUGACAAUGAAAGCCGCCUUGUUGAUUUUACGCAUCUGGUUGGAAAGGUUUUUGAAUAUAAGGAACAGGGCUCACUGCCCUCUGAUUUGGUUGUCGAGUUCUGCAAAGAUGUGCAGAAAAGAUCUCAAGAGGGUGGUUACCUUGAAUUUGGACGCUUUGUUAGUUUUCGCUCUUUUCUAACUGGUUCAGAUCCUAUUGACUACAUUCAGAAAAUGCAUAAUGGAGAUUUAGUGCACUGUGAAACUACAUUCAAAAAGAUGGGUCGCACAGCACAGGUAAACAUCAUAUGUGGACAUUGCUCAAAUAAAGUGUGCAAAGAUGAACAAGGAUGCAUUUGCAGCAUAUCUUACCAUGAACGGAUGUGCAGGGUGAUUGUUGAACUAGCUAUUCCUUGUGUUAAAAGUGGUCCCAGAGUAUUUAAGGGUUUCACGGUGGGCUUCCAUCCCCGGUCAUCAGAAAUUGUUUAUAAUGGAUUCACUCAGUUCGGAUUCGAGCAACCUCAUCAUGGAUUUAGCUUCCAGACCGAGCAGAUUCAUGUGUCUCUGUAUCUUAGUGCCAAGUCCUCACUCUCAGGCCUUAUUGGAAAACCGACCUUCAAGGUUAAUCCAGUGAAAGGGCUUGGUGUUACACUUGUAGGAUUCAAUGGUGCCAUGCCUAGUACCCUAUCUCCUACAGUUUUGAAUGUGAAUUGGAGAUGUGAAAUUGCCCGAACCAAUCCUUAUGAGGUCAAUAUUUUUAUCCCAGUGGAGGGCUAUGAUCCAAUUGAAUUUACACUAACGAAAAAAUGUGGUUACAUACAAGAAAAAGAGAGUGAUCCCAUGAAAGGCUGGGCAAUAUUUGGAAUUGUUUCUUGCAUGUUCAUUGUCUUGUCAAGCCUACUUUGUUGCGGAGGGUUCAUCUACAAAACUCGCGCGGAGCAUUUGUACGGUUUAGAUGCGCUGCCUGGUAUUGCCGUCUUGUCAGCCUUUUUGGAUGCUGUUGGUAGACCAAGAGGCUACUUGCCUGCAGAUAAUCCUAGUGAAAAUCAUGCAAGCCAUACAUCUUGGGAGCACGCGGCUGGUACCACACAAGUAGCACAAAGGACAAAUGAUAUGGCAUAUGGGACAACGUGAACUAAUGGUAAAGCAGAUGCUUGGUGGUUGGAUGGUUCAGAAUUCUGAAGAUGCCAGCUUAUGUUGUGGUUGGGUGCAUAGACGACGCUUGGGAAUCCAACUGCCACGAAGUCAGGUUUUCUGCAAUCAACUACUAGGUUUUCUGCAACCGUGUGUAUUUUUGUACCAGCAUGCAUUGACCUCCUACCACUACCAUACCAGCUGCUAGUGGUUAGAGCAGUUAGUAGACCUUCUCCCGGACGGAAUUUCUUGGCUACGAUCGAACAGAAUUCCGUUCUUUUAAGCGUGAGACUGAUAGUACCUACCUGUCAUUGCAUAGUACGCCUGUGCUUGCAACUGCAGCGGAGUUGAAAGUGAUUUGAAAUCGUCGUACAUGGCAGGCAGCCAUAACAAUCCUCCAGCAAGCAGCUAUCUGGUAGUACUAGUAGUACCGACAUAUAAGCUGGUGUGCAGGUCAACGGUUUUUUGCAGUGUCCUCCUGGACUUGCAUGUUAUCCGGCAGAAAAAGCUUGUGGUUAUGGUGAAAGAGUAAACUGUGCUCAUGUUGUCAGGAAUCCAUAAUCCAUUGGCUAGCUUC